CCGUUCUCUCCAAAACUCUCUCUUUUCCUCUCCGUCUCUCUCUCCAAAACGAGCCAAUUGAGAAACUCUCUCGCCUUCACUCUACUGAGAGAGAAAACACCCAAAGCCAUGGCUGCUGCUUUAUCUCCACCCAGCUCUAGUAGUUGGGCUAAAGCCCAAAUACUUCACACAUCUUUGUCUUCCUCUUCAUCACUAGUGGAUUUGGGCUUUCCAUCAAGAUCCGUCUCCUUGAAGAAGAAGCACAACAGUAGUAGAGUCAGCAUUCGCACACACUGCGCUUUAAACUCUCCUUCGGUGCUUCAUUUCCCAAAACAGCAGGGGUACCAACACCCUGUAACUACUAAAAAAGACGCCACCGUCAAACCCAAAACCCAACAAAGUCCACAGUGGAAUUUACUACAAAGAGCUGCGGCCGUGGCCUUGGACAUGGCGGAAGGCGCGUUGCUCUCACGCGAGAGCCAACAAUCACUUCCGAAAACUGCCGACCCAAGAGUUCAGAUUGCCGGAAACUUCGCUCCGGUCCCUGAACAGCCUGUUCGGCACUCACUUCCGAUCACCGGCACAAUCCCCGAAUGCAUUAAUGGCGUGUACCUCCGCAACGGAGCCAACCCUCUAUUUGAACCCGUUGCUGGCCACCACCUCUUCGACGGUGACGGCAUGGUUCAUGCCGUCACCAUCAGUGGCGGCUCCGUCAGCUACGCAUGCCGGUUCACCGAGACGCAAAGACUUGUCCAAGAGCGAGAACUCGGCCGCCCGGUCUUCCCAAAAGCCAUAGGUGAGCUCCAUGGACACUCUGGUGUCGCGCGCCUUCUUUUAUUCUACGCUCGAGGGCUUUUCGGGCUGGUCGACCACAACCAGGGUACCGGAGUCGCGAACGCUGGAUUAGUGUACUUCAACGACAGACUGCUCGCCAUGUCGGAGGACGAUUUGCCAUAUCAGGUCCGAAUCUCUUCCUUGGGUGACCUCGAAAGUGUAGGCCGAUACAAUUUUGAAAACCAACUUCACUCCACCAUGAUUGCUCAUCCGAAGGUCGACCCUGUUACCAAAGAACUCUUUGCUCUCAGCUACGAUGUCAUCCAGAAGCCGUAUCUCAAGUAUUUCAGGUUCUCUCAGGAUGGAAAGAAGUCCCCGGACGUUGAAAUUCCAGUGCCAGUGCCUACCAUGAUGCAUGACUUCGCAAUCACUGAGAAUUUCGUGGUGAUUCCAGACCAACAAAUGGUGUUCAAGCUCCAGGAAAUGAUUAGAGGUGGCUCUCCCGUGAUGUAUGACAAGAACAAGAAAUCCCGGUUCGGAAUUCUCGCGAAGAAUGCCCGUAAUGCCUCGGAUAUUAUCUGGGUUGAGUCCCCAGACACCUUUUGCUUUCACUUGUGGAAUGCUUGGGAGGAGCCGGAGUCAGAUGAGGUGGUGGUGAUCGGGUCAUGCAUGACACCUCCGGAUUCCAUCUUCAAUGAAUGCGAUGAGAGCUUGAAGAGUGUGCUCUCUGAGAUCAGACUCAAUUUGAAGACUGGAGAGUCCACCCGCCGACCGAUACUUUCGGAAUCCGAGCAGGUGAACUUAGAGGUCGGGAUGGUGAACCGGAACAAGCUCGGGAGGAAAACAAGGUACGGUUACCUCGCCAUUGCUGAACCGUGGCCAAAGGUAUCCGGCUUCGCCAAGGUCGAUUUUUCAACUGGGGACGUAAAAAAGUAUACUUACGGCGAUAGAAGAUAUGGUGGGGAGCCAUUUUUCUUGCCAAGAGACCCCAGUUCAGAAAAUGAAGAUGAUGGAUAUAUUCUUGCUUUUGUCCACGACGAGAGGACAUGGAAAUCCGAGCUCCAGAUUGUGAACGCCAUGAAUUUACAGCUAGAAGCAUCAGUAAAGCUACCUUCGAGGGUGCCGUACGGUUUUCAUGGCACGUUUAUAGAAUCAAAGGACUUGAAAAAUCAGGCAUAGGUAUAUACACAUGGGUGGUGGGCGAUGACGUUUACUCGUUUGCUUUGUUUUGAAUUAGUAAGUUUGAGUACAAUCCAAUUAGGGAGAGGGAGAAUUUCACCAGAGGGAUGCUUGGAGACUGGUCCCCGGAUUCUCCUUCAACAUUUAAAACCCUACUCCCAUUUUAGUUUUAUUAGGUUUUUUUCUUUCGGGACCCAGCUUGUAGCUUUAUGCCCUGGUGGUAGAUUUCGAGCUCAGCUGGUUUCUGUACUUUUAAUUUGCUUUUAGAUUCAUUUUCUGUACGUGUGUGGUAUGGAGAUCGAUCAUCUCUACCUCUUAGAUCUUCCUGAUCUUCAUGUUACUCCCACAUGUAAAUAAUAAUUAUGUGCAACAUCAUGUUUUGUUUA